AUGUCAGACUACAUACCCAAUGAACUCAUAAUUGAAAUUCUUGUAAGACUCCCCGUACAAUCUCUACUUCGAUUCACAUCUAUCUGCAAAUCAUGGCACUCUCUCAUCACAAACCCUGGUUUCAUCACCAAACACCUCAAUCAAACCAUUACGGACAGAAAAAGAAACAGUGACAAGCUUCUCCUUAGGCUUUACACUGAUAAUGAUGAGAAAGAACACUAUCUCUUGUGCUCCGACGACGAAAAAUUCGGUGACGAUUAUUCGGAAUUCAAGUUCCCAUUCAAAAGCUUAAUUGGUUAUUUCAGAAUUGUUGGUAGCUGCAAUGGUUUGCUAUGUCUUUGCGACGAUUAUUUCGGUGAUACCCAUCAUAUUGUUUUAUGGAACCCAUCAAUUAGGAAAUCAGUGACUCUCCCUAUGCCUUGUAAGCCACAAGGCCCCUAUAUGUUUGUUCUUGGAUUUGGGGCUCACCCCAUGACUCAUGAAUACAAGGUGGUGAGGAUUGUGUAUGAGGAGCAUAUAAAUGGGUUCAAAGUUCCUCCGAAGGUUGAGCUUUACACACAAGGGAUAGGGUCGUGGAGAGAGAUUGAUUCUGCUGCUGCUCCUCCGUAUUGCAUAGUUGAAUUUAUGUGGUCACAAGCUUUUGUGAAUGGAGCUGUACAUUGGGUUGCAUAUGAUCCAAGUGCGGUGGGUGGUUUUUGCAAUUUGAUAGUGUCGUUUGAUAUGGUUUCUGAAGCAUUCUCUGAGAUGAUGCUACCUCCUGCUUUAGCUGGUCGGUGUCCAAUUCGUCUGUCCAUAAAAUUAUUUGGAGAGUCAUUGGCUGUGUUUUGUGGUGCAGAAACAGGCAGAUCUUCUUGCUGCAUAUGGGUGAUGAAAGAAUACGGAGUUGCAGAAUCUUGGACUAAACUAUUCAGUAUUAAUCUACCAGGUUUGUUGAACAAGACAUUGGGAUUUAGGCAGAAUGGUGGGGUUCUGCUAUCAACAACUAACAACUGGCUAAUUUCUUAUGACCCUGGAACCAAAACAAUUUCGAAUACUGGAAUAAAGGGGAGUUCACACUCAUUUAAUGUUGAUACUUUCCUGGAAACCCUAAUUUUAGUGAAAGAACAUACUAAUGUUUUAGAGGGGCAGUUGAACCAUUUGUAA